AUGGAUGACCAAAGUAGUAUGUGGAUUUCAAAUGGUGAUAAAUAUUUCAAACUUGGAGAUUUGUGGAAUUGUUAUGAAGAGUGGAGUUCAUAUGGUGUUGGUGCACCUAUUCGUUUGAAAGAUGAUGAUGAUGAUGAAAAUGUUAUUCAAUAUUAUUCUCCAUACUUAUCUGCAAUUCAGAUUUAUACAAUCAGGUCACUUUCCUCCCCAAUAAGAAACUCAUCUUCUGGAAGUCAUGAUGUCGAUUUCGAGAUGGAAUCUUGGAGUGAUGCAAGUGAAAGUAGUGGGAAGCUGUCGAGAUCUUUAAGUAACAACUCUGUUUCUGCAGAUUCAUCUUUUGAGUCGGGGGCUUCAAGAGAUCGCCUCGGCUGUCUCUAUUUUCAGUAUUCUGAGACAUGCUCUCCUUUCUGGAGAAUUCCCUUUUCAGAUAAGAUCAUUGAAUUUGCUCAGAACUUUCCUGGACUCGUGACGCUGAAGAGCACUGACUUGUCUGCUGCAAGUUGGAUGGCUGUUGCUUGGUAUCCAAUCUACCAUGUUCCAAUGAAAGGAAUUACUAAAAAUGUUUCAACAAGCUUCCUUACUUACCAUACAUUGUCAUCAUCUUUCCAAGAUGCUGUAGAAGAGAAAAUUGAUGGAGAAAGGAAGGGCGGGAGCGGAAUUCGUCUUAGUCCGUUCGGGUUAGCUGCAUACAGGAUGCAAAAUGAUCUAUGGCUAAACACUAAUACACCAAAGGACUAUGAAACACUGAUUGAUCUUCAGAGUGCUGCCGAUUCAUGGCUGAAGCAGCUUUCCUACAGUCACCAUGACUUUAAUUUCUUCACCGCACAUUCUAACAUGGAGCCUGCAGGUUACUCAUUGUGAACUCAUUCACAACCUCCACCGCCAUCGUUCUUGUUAUGUUUUUUAGAUAGUUUUCUCCAAGAAACUGAAAAAUUGGUGUACCCUCUUUCUUAAGUAUUAUCUAGUUUUCUAGAGGAAACUGAAACUGAUAUACCCUCUUUCUUAUGUAUUAUCUAGUUUUCUCGAGGAAACUGAAACUGAUAUACCCUCUUUCAACUCAUUUGAUGGCGGAAAAUUGUUAGAUUGUAUAAGACAUAUUUCCUUUGUGAAUUAAGGAAUUGGGAGAAUU